UGUGCCCGUUGCGGGCAGCCCGCCUCUGCCGACCUGUGCAGACCUGCAGGCGGUAUCGGCAGUCCUGCCCGGCCACAAACACACCCAGGAGGGUGUGAGCAGGCAGCAGAGGAGCAGAGCAGUGCUCUGCCGCGCAGGGACGCUCAGCUGAGAGCCCAUCCCCAGCACUUACCUGGCCUGCCGGCGUCCCAGCUGCGGGAACCCGACGUCUGCUGGGAGCAGGACGCCUGACCUUUGGCCUGGGACAACCCAGCACUAUGGCAGACCCCCCUGGCUGCUGCCACCCCUGUGCCACCUGCCUGCUCUGCCUUUACAGCUGCCACUGGAUCACUGCCAAGAAGGAGAAGAGGAAGGGCCUGAGAACCACCAAGUGUGACUGCAGCUGGUUCCUUUUCCUCUUCUGCGUCUUCCUCUUCACACUGGUGUGGCUCUACUUUGCCAUCAUCAUCCUCAAUGAUUUCCACAACUUCAAUGAGUUCAUCUUCAAGCAGAGGAAGUUGUGGCUAGACUGGUCCCUGGUCCUGCUCAUAGCUACGGCCAUGCUGGUCACUUACUCAGCCACACUGCUGGUCCUUGCUUUGUGCUUGCAGCUCUGCGGCCAGCCCUUGAAGCUACACUGGUUGCACAAGACUCUGCUGAUCUUAACUGCCCUGGUGGUGGCUGCAGCCUUCACAGGGCUGGGAAUAAAGUGGGCGGAGGAGUGGAGAAGUGCACGUGUCUCCCUGCAGGCAACAGGUCCCUUCCUGCACAUUGGAAUUGUGGGGGGAAUGACGCUCCUCGCCUGGCCACUGGCCAGCUUCAUCUACCAUACCCGCAACACAGGUCUCAUGUUGUUUCUGCUGCUUGUGUACUGCAUGGCGAUGAUUGCGCUGUAUCUGGCUCCCCUGGGAAUCACCUCCCCUUGCAUCAUGGAGGAGAACCAGUUGCCCCCCAAGCCAGCCCUGGUUGGCCACCGAGGAGCCCCCAUGCUGGCCCCCGAGAACACCAUCAUGUCACUGCACAAGGCAGUGGAUUGUGAUGUGCAAGUCUUUGAGACAGACGUCAUGGUGAGUGCUGAUGGGGUCCCAUUCCUCAUGCAUGAUGAAGAACUCACCAGGACCACCAACGUGCAGGUUGUGUUCCCCAAGAGGACUGCCCUGAACAGCACUGCUUUCAACUGGACAGACCUCCAGAAGUUGGAUGCUGGCAGCUGGUUCCUGGAGCAGAGGCCAUUUCCCACAGUGCAGAGUCUUUCUGCCAGCGAUCGCAACCAGGUGACUGAACAGAGGAUCCCAUCACUGCAACAGGUGCUAGAGGCAGCCAAGCAGAGCAAUAUCUCCAUUAUGUUUGACCUCCGGCCUGAGAACCACAGUGACUACCAGAGCUUUGUCAAUGCCACCCUGAAAGUGAUCUUACAGUCAGGCAUCCCACUACAACAGGUCCUCUGGCUGCCAGAUGGGUUCAGGGAACAGGUCAAACAGCAAGCCCCAGGUGUUCAGCAAGUUUACGGCCGGAAGAGACUCCAGAAUGAGAAGGAGCCACUGCUGCAUGUCAAUCUGCCUUACCAAGACAUGAGCUCUGAGGAGAUCAGGCAGUACCGCCAGGACAACAUCUCUGUCAACUUGUACGUGGUGAACCAGCCCUGGCUGUUCUCCGUGCUGUGGUGCUCUGGGGUGAGCUCUGUCACCACCAACGCCUGCCAGGUGCUGAAGGAGAUGAAACACCCUAUCUGGCUGCUCCCCAGCAGCACAUACCUCAUGAUCUGGAUUGUUGUAGACUGCGUGUCCUUCCUUGCCAUCCUCUGGGCCUUCUUCUUGCUGAAGAAAUGCUCCCAGAGAAGACGGCCCAUGGAGUUGGAGACGGACGUGCUGCUCACAAAGAUCAACAGCUUGAUGCAAGAGUGACCCCUCCGGCCUGCAUCAGCCAUGAAGAGGGGCAGCCAGAGCCCUGCACAGCUGAAGUGGGGACCACUCCUCAGGCCAGCUUCAAGGCUCCUUUCCUUUGCAGACUCCUUCCUGAGCUUCCUGUCCCCUAUAGCCUUCCUGGCUCCUUUUGUGGUGCACAACUGCCCUCAGCUGAAAAGACCUGGAACUGGGUUCCCACUGGCAGUGAGGAACUAGAGCCUUUGCAGAGGUUUUGUGGGGCUGAUUUGUGCCUGGGGGCUGAGUACUUAACCAGGAGUGCUGGGGCUAAGACCUUGCUGUGUGGUUUGGAGACUAGUGGGGAUUUGAGUUGCUGUUUGGUGCAGGGGAAGGGCAGCCUCUGUCUGUCAGCAGCAGCUCUACAGCCAGUGAUAGGAAACCUUGUUUAAAGUGCUGCUGCCCUGGGGGCUGCCCUGCCCCAUGGCUUGAGGAAUAGGAAAGGGGGUGCAGCGGGUGGUUUUUCACAAGAUGGAGGGGGAGCUGAGCUUUUCCCACCCCCAUGCUGGACACAUGUCCUGCACCUUCAGCUGGCUUCAUACUUGUGAGUCAGGGUGCUGGCACCUCAUGCAGCAGUUAGUGCCUUUUGCUCUGGGGGGAAAGGGAGCAGGGGCUGGGGGUGGAAGGUGUCUGGGGCUGGCAGGACCAUGGUCA